AUGCGUCCCAAGACAAUAGAAGAGCAAUAUAAAAAAAUGAGCCAUAUAGAACAUAUAUUAAAUAGGCCUGAUACUUAUAUUGGAAGUGUUCAAAAAAUGAACGAGCUAAUGUGGAUUGUGAAAAAUGGGAAAAUGAUUCAAAAGGAAAUCGAAUAUGUACCUGCAUUUUUUAAAAUAUUCGACGAAAUUUUAGUGAAUGCUGCAGAUAAUAUUCAAAGGAAUAACUAAACUUAUAAGAUGACUUAAUUAAGAGUAGAAAUUGGGAACUAAAUUUCUGUAAAAAAUGAUGGUUAACCAAUACCAGUAGAGAUUCACAAGGAAUAUCAACUUUAUGUUCCUGAAUUGAUAUUUGGGGUAUUUUUGACAGGAAGCAACUUUGAUGACACAGAAAAAAGAGUAGUUGGAGGUAGGAAUGGUUAUGGUGCAAAAUUGACUAAUGUUUACUCAAGUGAAUUUUCAGUUGAAGUUUGUGAUGGAAACAAUUAUUUAAAAUAGGUUUGGAGCAAUAAUAUGAGUAACAAAUAGAUACCUAUAAUAAAAUAGAUGAAGAAAGAUCCUUUUGUAUAAAUAACUUAUAAGCCAGAUUUUAAAAGAUUUGGUAUGAAUGAAAUUGAGGAAGAUACUUAGGCAUUAUUAGUGAGAAGAGUUUAUGAUAUGGCAGGAAUAUAUGGAAGUAAGAUAAAUGUAUAUUUGAAUGAUGAGAAAAUCCCCAUAAAUUCAUUUUAGAAAUAUGUUGAUUUAUAUUUGCCUAGUAAUUCCAUAAAAAUUUAUGACAAAGAAAUGACAACUCCAAGAUGGGAAGUUGUAGUAAGUUAUUCUGCCACUCAAUUUUAACAUGUUUCAUUUGUUAAUUCAAUUUUUACUUCAAAAGGAGGAACUCAUGUGACUCAUGUUACUGAUAAAUUAAUUUAAGAGAUUCAAAAUGAAAUGAAGAGCAAUAAGAAAUACAAACAUUUAGAAGUACAGAAGUAUUAGAUCAAACAAUCUUUAUGGAUAUUUGUUAAUUGUUUAAUUAAUAAUCCAACUUUUGAUUCUUAGACAAAAGAAAAUUUAACAACUAGGGUUACUGACUUUGGUGGUAAUGAUGAAGAGAAAUUUAAAGUUACAGAGAAAUUCUCUAAAGCACUCAUAAAGACUGAUAUUAUUGAAACUAUAUUCUAAUAAGCAAAGGCUAAAGCAGAUGCUAAAUUAAAUAAAUAAUUAAAAGGUACUAAAACAAGUAAAUUACAUGGAAUUGAAAAAUUAGAUGAUGCUAAUGAUGCUGGAAAAAAGAACUCAGAAUUCUGUACAUUAAUAUUAACAGAAGGGGAUUCAGCAAAAGCUUUGGCAAUGGCUGGAAUAGAUAUUGUUGGAAGAGAUAGAUAUGGAGUAUUUCCAUUAAAGGGUAAGUUAUUAAAUGUAAGAGAAGCAUCAGUAAAAUAAAUUAUGGAAAAUGAAGAAAUCUAAAAUUUGAUUAAAAUUAUUGGAUUAUAGAAGGACAGAGAAUAUGGUGAUUUAAAAUCCUUAAGAUAUGGUUCAGUUAUGAUAAUGACAGAUUAAGAUAUUGAUGGUUCACAUAUCAAAGGAUUGAUCAUCAAUUUUAUACAUCAUUUUUGGCCUUCAUUAUUAAAAUACAAAGGGUUUCUGAAGGAAUUUGUAACACCUUUAAUCAAAGCAACCAAAGGAAAUUAAACAAUUCCUUUUUUUACUGUUUAAGAUUUUAAUAAGUUUGCUUAAAUUUAAGAUAUUAAGAGUUGGAAGAUUAAGUAUUACAAAGGAUUAGGUACAUCUGAUGAUUUAGAAGCUUAGGAAUACUUUCGAAAUUUGGUUGGUCAUACAAUCUAAUUUAGAUAUGAUAAUGAGGAUGAUGAUUAAUCAAUAGAUUUAUGUUUUAAUAAAAAGAAAGCUAAUGAUAGAAAAUAAUGGUUAGCAUAGUAUAAUCAUGAUUUAUAUGUUGAUCACACACAGAAAGAAUUAGGAUAUUAAGAUUUUAUACAUAAAGAACUGAUUCAUUUUUCAAUGGCUGAUAAUAUUAGAUCUAUACCUUCAAUGAUGGAUGGUCUAAAACCUGGCUAAAGGAAAGUCUUGUUUGCAUGUUUCAAAAGAAAUCUAAAAUAAGAAAUUAAAGUUGUUUAAUUGGGAGGAUACAUUGCCGAACAUUCAGCAUAUCAUCAUGGGGAUAUAUCUUUGGUAACCACAAUUAUAGGUAUGGCUUAAAAUUUUGUUGGAUCAAACAAUAUAAAUCUUUUAUUACCAAGAGGUUAAUUUGGUAGUAGAGCUAUGGGAGGAAAGGAUCAUGCUUCUGCAAGAUAUAUUUCAACUGUACUAAAUAAAAUUACAAGAUAUAUCUUUCCAGAAUAAGAUGACCAUAUCGUCAAAUAUAUUGAGGAUGAUGGAGAAAUGGUUGAACCUGAAUAUUAUGUUCCAAUAAUUCCUAUGAGCUUAGUAAAUGGGGCUGAAGGUAUUGGUACAGGUUGGUCAACUUCUAUUCAAAAUUAUAAUCCUUUAGAAUUAGUGGAAUAGAUUAAGAAAAGACUUAAUGGUGAAUAAUUUGAUAAUCUUACACCGUUUUACAGAAAUUUUGAUGGUAUUAUUGAAACCUAACCAAAUGGAAAUAGUCUUAUUAAAGGUAUAAUAGAGUGCAAUGAGGAAACUGAUGUUGUGAUUAUUAAAGAAUUACCUAUAAAAAAAUGGACGAAGAAUUAUAAAGAAUGGUUGGAUAAAGAAAUAGCAUAAGAAGGCAAUCCUAUUAUUGAUUUGAGAGAGUAUCAUACUAAAUAUAAAAUUCAUUUUGAAAUCUAAAUGACAGAGGGUUAUGUAAGUCAAUUAAAGAAUCCUUAUGAAUAUUUUAAAUUAGUUACACCUUUUUCUAAUAAUAACAUGGUUUUAUUUGAUGGCCAAAAUAAAAUAAAGAAAUUUGAAUCUAUAGCAGAAAUAUUGGAAGAAUUCUAUUAAGUUAGAUUAUAAUUUUAUUAGAAACGCAAAGAUUAUCUUCUUUCAAAACUUGAUAGAGAAGUUCAAUUAUUAUACAAUAAAUCAAGAUUUAUCAAAAUGGUUAUAUCAGAAGAAAUUCGAUUAAAGAAUGUCAAAAAAGCAGAUCUGGUUUAAUAAUUAGAUAAACAUUAAUUUAUAAGAUUCUCCUAAUUAAUAACUGUAAAUUCAACUAAAUUAAAAGCAUUUGGCGAUUCUAAAAAUCCAAAAAAGAAUGUAGAUGACAAUGACACAUCAGAAGUUUCUGAUGAUGAAUAAGUGAGUAAGAAAAAAUCAGAAAAUAUUGAAAAUCAAUAGAACAAUAAAACAACACUUGACAUUAGUGAUUAUAAUUAUCUUCUAUCAAUGCCAUUAUUUUCUUUGACUAAUGAGAAGGUAGUAAAAUUAGAAGAAGAACUAAAUUCUAAACUUCAAGCUAAAGAUAAAUUAUAGAAUAAAGAAAUAGCUGAUAUGUGGAUUGAAGAUUUAAAUAAAUUUUUAGAAGCUUAUGAUGAAAUGGUAAAUAUAGAAAAUAAGCUCAUUAAUUAAGCAGAAAAAGUUCCUAAAGAUUAAAAAAAGAAAUAGGUGAAAAAGAAGAAUGUUUAAGAUGGAAUGCAAAUUGAAUAAGAAGGAAAGAAAAAGGCUAAUAAAAAAUUGAAUUAAAAUGAUAAACCAAAUGAAAAUAGUCCAAAAAACUAAUCAAACAGAAAGAUUAGAACUUUAAAGGAAAAUAAGAGUUAAGAAAACUGA